AUAUUAUCGUCUUGAGUCCUUGUUCAAAUGAACACGCCUGUAAAGCUGCUGUCAUAAGAUUGAUGGGCGGGACGAGGAAGACAAAGUCCACCUCACAGGUGAAGACAAACACCUGGGGAAGUUGUCUACUUUCGUACUGCACUGGCGCAACAGCUGGGCUUCAAUAUGUUGCGGACAUAAGGAACCUCAUGUUGAUAAUAAGGGGAUGUACAGUAUCGAUUUGCACUUGACUGUAAAUACAUAUGUUGUAGGCUAAAAGCACGGAUUGUUAUGCGUUACCAUGGCUUUGUCGGAACUCUAUACGAAGUACAACAGAGUGUGGAUACCGGAUGCAGAGCAUGUCUGGAAGUCAGCAGAGAUUCUGAGAGACUUCAAACCUGGAGACGAGGCUUUAGAACUGCAGCUUGACGAUGGCACUGAGAUGGUGUACCCCCUGGACAAAUCCAGUCCUCAGCUCCCUGACCUCCGCAACCCCGAUAUCCUGGUGGGAGAGAAUGAUCUGACAGCUCUCAGCUAUCUCCACGAGCCUGCCGUACUACACAAUCUCAAAGUGCGCUUCGUGGAGUCCAACAUUAUCUACAGCUACUGUGGAAUCAUCCUGGUGGCUGUCAACCCAUACAAGCAGCUUCACAUCUAUGGAGAUGCAGUCAUUCAGGCGUACUCUGGACAGAACAUGGGAGCUAUGGAUCCUCACAUAUUCGCUGUGGCAGAGGAGGCUUACAAACAGAUGGACAAGAACAAUAAGAACCAGUCUGUUAUAGUGAGUGGUGAGUCUGGAGCCGGCAAGACUGUGUCUGCUAGGUAUGUCAUGAGGUACUUCGCUAUGGUCAGCAAGUCUAGCAGCAGAACACACGUGGAAGACAAAGUUCUGGCAUCCAAUCCAAUAACUGAGGCUAUUGGAAAUGCCAAGACGACCAGGAACGACAACAGCAGUCGCUUUGGGAAGUACACAGAGAUCAGCUUCGACAGGAGAUAUCAGAUCAUCGGGGCCAACAUGAGGACGUAUCUCAUGGAGAAAUCUAGAGUGGUUUCCCAGUCACAGAACGAGAGAAACUACCACAUCUUCUACCAGAUGUGUGCCUGUGCAGAGCAGUCUGAGUUCAAGAGCCUGAGAUUGUUGAGUGCAGAUGAGUUCAGGUACACCUGCAUGGGCGGGGAGACGAGUAUCGAGGGGGUGGACGACAGGAAAGACAUGGAAGAGACACGCAGGACCUUCUCGUUGUUGGGGUUAACGGAGGACUUCCAGUCGGAUGUGUUCAAGGUGCUGGCUGGGAUUCUACACCUGGGGAAUGUGGAGAUAAGAAACGUUGGAUCAGACAGAUCAUCAGUUAGUUCCAGUGAUCAACACCUAGCUGCUUUCUGUGACCUUCUCGGGGUCAGUCCUGAUAGUGUUACCCGUUGGCUGUGCCAUCGCAGGAUAGCCAUGGUGGCAGAGACGGUGGUGAAGGCGGUGCCCAGUGAACGCGCUGUGAACUCCAGAGAUGCCCUCGCCAAGCAGAUCUAUGCCCACCUGUUCGACUGCGUCAUCCAGAAGAUCAACGCAGCCCUGCAGGUGCCAGGGAAACAGCACUCCUUCAUAGGAGUACUGGACAUCUAUGGGUUUGAAACAUUUGACAUCAACAGUUUUGAACAGUUUUGCAUCAACUUUGCCAAUGAGAAGCUUCAACAACAAUUCAACUUGCAUGUGUUCAAGCUGGAGCAGGACGAGUACAUGAAAGAGGAUAUUCCCUGGACUCUGAUAGACUUCUAUGAUAACCAGCCGGUCAUUGACCUGAUUGAAGCGAAGAUGGGAAUCCUCGACCUGCUGAAUGAAGAAUGUCUGUUCCCCCAGGGUACAGAUCAGAACUGGCUUCAGAAGCUGUACAACUACCUGGCUGACAACCCUCUGUUUGAGAAGCCCAGGAUGUCCAACAAGGCCUUCAUCAUUCAACAUUUUGCUGACAAGGUAGAAUAUCAAUGCCGGGGUUUUCUAGAGAAGAACAGAGACGCAUUGUAUGAAGAGCUGGUGGAUACCAUGGCAACCAGUAAGUUUCCUCUCCUGGCCAACUUCUUCCUGGAGGUGGAGCCAGAUGGGUUGGGCACUAAAGGCAUCAAAGUGAGGCCUGCACAGCCUCGGGUGAAACCAGCCAAUAAGAACCACAGGACCACUGUGGGAGAGAAGUUCAGCAGUUCUCUGUACCUGCUGAUGGAGACUCUGAAUGCCACCACCCCUCACUACGUACGCUGCAUCAAACCCAACGAGGAAAAGAUGCCGUUUGAGUAUGACUCUAAGCGGGUGGUCCAGCAGCUGAGGGCAUGUGGAGUCCUGGAGACCAUUCACAUCAGUGCUCAGAGCUACCCUUCCAGGUGGACAUACAUAGAGUUCUACAGCCGGUACAGUGUACUGAUGAGUCAAGAGGAGCUGGGCCUCAACCACAAGAAACUGGCCUGUAAGACAGUGCUGCAGAGGCUAAUUCAGGACUCAGAUCAGAACAAGUUUGGCCGGACCAAGAUUUUCUUCCGAGCGGGUCAGGUGGCCUACCUGGAGAAGCUUCGAUUGGACCGUCUCCGAAAGGCAUGUCUGACCAUCCAGAAGCACGUGAGGGGGUGGAGCCACAGGAGGAAGUUCCUUCGCAUGAGGGAGGCGGCUAUCGUCCUCCAACAGUAUGUCCGUGGACAGCGGCAGAUAUGUAAAACGGUGACAGCUGCAGCAUUGAAACAGGGCUGGGCUUCUGUGGUCAUUCAGAGGUACUGGAGAAGUUAUCUGACCCGACAGAUCUAUAGAAUGGUCCGUUCCUCCUCUAUCAUCAUCCAAGCCUUCGCUAGAGGCUGGAUCGCCAGGAAACGCUACAAAAAGAUGGUGGAGGUGCAGAAAGCACUGAUCUUACAGAAGUAUGCCCGGGCGUGGCUCGCCAGGAGACGCUUCCAGAGCCUGCGCCGCCUGGUACACAACGUACAGCUCUCCUACAGGUGCCAGAAGCUCGGGAAGAAACUGGAAGAUCAGGCCAAAGAGAACCGUGGGCUGUUGGAGAGGCUGACAGGUCUGACCGGUGCUCACGCCCAAGGUCUAGACAAGCUGCACUGUCUGGAGGCCCAGCUGGGGAAAUCAGCCACUGAGAAGGCUUCGCUAGACGAGCGAGAGAAGAAGACCAUGAAGACGAUAGCUCAGCUUCAAGAGGAAAAAGUCAAAUUAAUCGUUGAAAGGCAGAACUUGGAAAAGAAGUGUGCAGAUUCAACAACAGAGAUGAAAGACAGAUUUCAUCAAAUCAAGACAACUCUGAAAGAAGAUUUGGAACGACAAGAAAGAUUGAGGAAGAUUGCAGAGAACAACCUUGACCUGCAGAAGGAGGACCAUGAGACGGAGGUGGAGGUUCUGAGGAAGGAGAACAGGUGGCUGAAGGAGGAGAUAGUUGGCCUACAGAGACAGACAGAGGAGGAGGCGCAGUUCAACACUGAUCUACAGGACCAGGUCAUACAGCUCACCAGGCACGUCAAGGUGAUACCCGAGUUACGUAAAGAUCUUCACAACCUGCAGACCCAGAGAGAUGAUCUGGGCAGGAAGAUGAAGAAUCAGUCAGAACAGGCCAGAGCCAAGAUGAGUGUGAUCACAAGACAACUACUUUGUGGCAUGGUUGAAGAGGAGGUCAUUUCCAGGUUGACCUCCGACAGUCCAGACCAGAUCUAUGAAGUUGGGAAUUUGUCGACUGCAUUUGAUGGACUGCAGAAAGCUUGCAGAGUGCUGGAGAGACACCAGCAGGAACAGAAGGAGGGCAAUGAAAGCCAGAUGGAGGCGUAGACGUUCUGAUGUGGAACACCUGCAGAACCAAAAUAAUCAGCAGCAGAAACUGUACAGUAGA